UCCCGACAAAGGGAGCCGGCGGUCCGGAGGUUGUGCAGACGGACGCCCGCAUCCAACUUUCCAUCCCCUCCAGCCCCGAGUAGCUGAGCUCCAGGGUCACCAUGAGCGGCAGAGUCGGAGAUCUGAGCCCGGGGCAGGCGGAGACCCUGGCCAAGUUUCGGGAAAACCUCCAGGAUUUGAUGUCUUCCUUGCCCAAAACUGAUGACUACUUUCUUCUGCGCUGGCUCCGAGCUCGUAACUUUGAUCUGCAGAAAUCAGAGGCCAUGAUCCGGAAGUACAUGGAGUAUCGGAAGAAUAUGGAUAUCGACAACAUCUUCAAGUGGCAGCCUCCAGAGGUGAUCCAGAAGUAUUUGCCAGGGGGCCUGUGUGGCUAUGACCGGGAUGGCUGUCCCAUCUGGUAUGACAUCGCCAAAUCCCUGGACCCCAAGGGGCUCCUCUUUUCGGCUACCAAGCAGGACUUGAUCAAGGCCAAAAUGCAGGAUUGUGAACGGCUCCUUCACGAGUGUGACCUGCAGACCGAAAGGCUGGGGAAGAAGGUGGAGACCAUUGUGAUGAUUUUUGACUGUGAGGGCCUAGGUCUGAAGCACUUCUGGAAGCCUCUGGUGGAACUGUACCAGGAGUUUUUCGCUCUUCUUGAGGAGAAUUACCCCGAGACUUUGAAGACUAUGAUCAUUGUGAAAGCCACGAAACUCUUUCCUGUGGGCUACAACCUCAUGAAGCCCUUCCUGAGCGAAGACACCAAAAGGAAGAUUGUGGUGAUGGGAGCAAACUGGAAAGAGAGAUUGCUGAAACUCAUCAGUCCCGAAGAGCUGCCCGCUCACUUUGGGGGAACCAUGACUGAUCCCGACGGCAACAUCAAGUGCAUAACCAAGAUCAACUUCGGGGGCGAGGUCCCCAAGUCCUACUACAUGCGGGACCAGGUGAAGACGCAGUUCGAGCACUCCGUCGUCAUCAACAGGGGCUCCUCCCACCAAGUGGAGUAUGAAAUCCUCCUCCCUGGCUGCCUUCUCAGGUGGCAGUUCGUGUCGGACGGAGCGGACAUCGGCUUCGGGGUGUUUUUGAAGACCAAGAUGGGGGAGAGGCAGCGAGCGGGCGAGAUGACAGAGGUGUUACCCAGUCAGAGGUACAAUGCCCACAUGGUCCCCGAAGACGGGACCCUCACCUGCCCCGAACCCGGUGUCUAUGUCCUACGAUUUGACAACACUUACAGCUUUGUCCACGCCAAGAAGAUCAGCUUCACGGUGGAGGUUCUGCUUCCAGAUGAGGGAAUGCAAAGCCUUGACGAGGAUCUCACGCCAUUCUAGAGGAAACACUGUCUUCUCCGUCAAAUCCACCCCCCUCUCUUUUGAUGACCCUUUUCCUCUUGUUGCUCCCCAAAGAAGGAUUAGAGUUUGCCCAUUAACAUUGUGUAGCAUUAAGAGUCAGAGCUGGUGUUGCCCCCAGGACUGACUAUUUAUUGUGGACAUGAGGGAAUGUCAGAGAAGCAAACAUUUGUGGUGAGUGGUUGGGUACCGGCCAGCGUGGCCAAGGAAAGAAGGAAAAACGAAUGAGGACCAAAAUGGUGGGGAAGGGGAGCUGAGCAGACACCUUGCUAAUCAUGUGAUUGUAAUCCUCACUCUUUCACCUUCAACCAUAUGGAAGAGACAAGGAUUUGUCUAUUUCAUGGAGGUUUGGAUGAUCUGGGAAAGAAAGGUAAAUUUCUUUUAGUCCUCUACCUGCAAGAGAAAUAGGUGGUGAUGGAAUCGCUUACUUUUCCUGUGAGUUGGGCCUAAUGUCCAGCCAUGGCCUCACACACUCUAAAUCAAUCAAUGAAUGGUAUUUACUGAGUGGUUAUCGUGUGUAGAACCCGGGGAAAAUACAAUAUGAGUAGGUAGACAUGUUCAGAACCCACACUGAGCUUGCAGUCCAUGACCUUGGGCUAGAUUGGAGUGAAUAGUUGUUAAUGGUUCAGUAAAACUGAGAGCAAUGUGGGGAAACUCACAAGGUUAGAGGAAAGGAAAAAAAAGCUUCAGCAGAGAUGCUAACCAUUAACUUGGGAUUCCGCCGUUUGCUGCGCUCUGUUUGGGAAACGAUAUGGCUUUUGUUUUAUGAAUUGACCUAGGAGCAUUCAAGUAGUUUCUGUGUUCUCUGUAGGCUGCCUCCAAGAAAGACGGCCAAGAACUCCAUUCCCACCUACAAAGCUGCUACAUUUAUAUGGCAAUUCUUUCCUUUGGAAAUCAAAUUUUAUCUUUUUAAGCAACUGAGAGUGGUACGCAGGUAUAAAACACAGAGAACUUCAAAACCAAUGUAAUUCUUUUUCACCAUCUUGUUUUAAACUUGAAAUAAAGCCUUUGAAAUUUUAAA